AUAUCAAAUUUUUCUAAACUCACCCUUGACUUUAGUAGAAAAUACUUAUAUCAGAGGAAUCACUCCAGCAACUAAAGCCAAUUAUAUCUCACCAGCUUCAAGUAAACAAUCAUGUCAAAGUCCAUCAUCCAUCUUGCUGACUUUUCUAGCAUCAUUCAACAAGUGAAAUCAUCCAUGACCAAAUCAAGUUAAUAGCCAAAUUUCAGUGAAGAUGCCACCACAAAGAGUAAAUCUUGGAAAGCACUGGAAAUAGCUACAAAGAGAGAGAUAGUUGCACCAAAAACAGCAAAAUACCCAGAGUAGAGACACCCCAUAAGAAAUCCUCAAACACUCCACCAUAAACAAAGAUUUCAGCUUUUAAAAGAGAUGGGAAAGAUUGGUUGCACCAUAGAUGGCAACCUAGAUGAGUCGAGAUUCAGCGAGCCGAUGCCAUGGAUCGGUAUCUAUGUUGCAGCAGCAUCUGCAGCUUGUGCACUGGCUAUGGCGAUGGAUGUCCUUCAUGGCCUGCGCCGUAGAAAAUUAUGGUUUCCUUGCAAAUUCUUCUCUCUCAAUGCAACCACCUUGACUCUCCUAGCUGUUGCCACCAAGUUGUCUGUUGAUCUAAAUACCUCCAUGCCUCGUCGACAAGAUCAGCUGACAAAACUUAGCAGUGCUGCUCUAAUCUGUACGGUAAUUGCUAAUUUUAUGCCCUCUUUAGGUCUCGUGGAGAACAAAGAGCUGUUGAUGAACAUAAUGGCUUUGGGAAUUUUCGUCAUCACAGCCAUCGUGAAUAUUGGCAUACAAUUAGCUACUGGUGUAAUCUAUGUUUUCUGUGUAGAGCAUAUAGCCCUCAUGUUUCUUAUGUUUGUUUUGCUUCUGCUACUGAUCUCCUCAGCCUUGACAAUACCAACUACAAAGUGUUUUUUGGACCUGAAAUAUAAUAAGAAGUACAAAUUGGUAAAUAAAGAAGGCGGCAUCACCUAUAGAUGCAAAAUUGAGAAACUAAAGGACGAGCUGAUGAAAUUUUGGACCAUGGCAUAUACCUCUAGCCCCCACUUCGUAACGGGGCGCUUAGCAACAUGCACUGCAUCCGGAGGCUUCUGCCUUCUGAGCACAGUAAUUUAUGCUGCAGCCAUGUUUAGGUCUUACUUUCUCCAUUCGACCUUCAGCUUUUGUAGUGGAGACUCUGAAUACAAGUGGUCCACAACCUUGAUUCUUGUAACUCACACAGUGGCAAUAGGAGUAGGAACUAUUGCACCAGCUUUUAGAUGGUUCAUAGCCAUAAAUUUCCACUGCCCCAAAAAAGCAAGUAAUGCCUGCAAACUCAAGUGGUUCAAAGUGGAGAACUACUGGAUCCGUAUACUGCUUCAGUGGAAAGAAAGCCCGUUGGAUUUCAGAAUUUGUGACCGGCAUGGUAGAAAAUUUGCUCAUAAAACAAAGAACAAACUUCUCGAUUUCUGCAUUUGGAUGCAAAUUCUGAUGGUGUCACUCAGUAAGAUAGUUCGGCUCAUUUCCACCUUCUCUGUAAGUUGGUUACUGAUAAGCUGUCAGAAAGCAAUCAGGAUGCUGAAAUGCAACAAUAUGGUGUUGAGUCAUGAUAUAGAGUCGCACGCCAGUCUAAAGCCAGAUCUUAGCCGCUAUGUUUUACACCUCGAAGGAGAGGAAGUAUUAAUGGAUUUGAUGAUGCAAAGCAACCGUGAUGUUGUAGGUCAAUGGAUAGGGACGGGGAAAAAGGAACAGCCUAAACAUCUUCUACGACUUCUGGAGAAAGUGAAGUCAUCGCCUGGAUUCAGGGGAGUGUACAACUUUGACCAUGCUCAAAUCCCUUCUUUAGACUCAGAAGAACCUCCUAAUUGCUGGGCUCUUCCUGUAGUGACACUGACAAGUAUUGCGAUUGCACUUCCAGACAUUGAUUUCCACUCAAUCAAGGAAUUAAUAAGGUGUGUGCAUGAAGGUCUCAUGUACAUCAAAGUUGUUGAAGAGAACCUGGAUGCCAGAAAGGACCUUGUAUACAUCAGGAAGGCGGCAGAGUUGCUGUGGGUAGAAGUUGACUUAUGUUACAGGUGGCUGGACGUUGAUCUCCGCAAAACUGCCACUGAAGGACAAAAUCCAAAAGGCGUGCUUGAAGGACUCUCUCAGAAAGCAAAGCAGAGAUUCAUCGAAUUCAGAAAGAAUGAUCCGCACGCUUUUCUAAAGGAAUCACCUUCAAAAUGGCCUACCAAUAUGUUGGCAGCAAACUGUAUGUACAGAGUAUGUCAAACUCUUCUGCAAAGUUCUGAUAGCAAAGAGUUUGAGAGCAGCAAAAUCAUGUUUGACGGAUUGUCAGCCAUAAUUGCGGAUAUAACAGGUGCUUGUCUUACCAACCUACAAAGAGUUAUAUCCAUGCAAUGCCACCAUGGCACCAUUGAAGAGAGAGCAGAAGGUGUCCGCUCUGCCGUCUUACUUCUGGGGAAAACAGAGAGUGUUCUGGAAAUUCUUCGUUCACAGCCACUUCCAAGUUCAGCACCAGAUCAAUUGGAAAAAAUUGAUCAAUGGCGUACACAUAGCAAAGAGGUAGACUACCUCUCCUGCAGUAGUAAUUCACCCUCAAAUAGUACUCCAACUUCCCAAAGUUCAUCUGACUUGUAUCUAACUGUGGACUGAGAAGCAAAUCCCUGAAAAUGGAAAAAACAAAAGACACAGCUUAAGUUCUAUUGCAAUAGUAUCAUAUUUGUUUCUUUUUUACUUUUAUUUUUUAUAAGAUACAAUAGAAAUAUAUUUGUUUCACAUCAAGACUAGCUUGUUCCCUAAAUAAUAACGCCAUCACAAUUUUCCCUAUGAAAAUACCAGAGAAAUAUUCCAA